CGCCGCUGCAGCCAGAGAGGGGCGGCUGAAGGUUGCAUCUGCUGGAAGGAGGCUUCUGGCUGGCUGCUUGGUAACGGGCUGCCAGAACGGAGAGAGGCAGACAGCAGGGCAGCGGUUUCUUGACGUCAGGACCAAGCGAGGGGAUCGCGCCAGCAACCCCGGCCAGCCCUGCAGUGGGCAGGCCGACGGUGGGAGAAGAGCCGACGCCAGGUGCCCCGAGGGUCGCGAGCGGGGGAGGGGGGUGAGGGGGGUUAGGAGCCGGUCUGCAGGGGCGCAGCAUGCCCCCUGUCCCCGGACCAUGGAGAUCGCCCUGGUGCCCCUGGAGAACGGCAGUGCCAUGACCGUCAGAGGAGGGGAGGCCCGGGCAGGGACAGGCUGUGGCCAAGCCUCAGGGGGACAGCUCCAGUGCCCCCCGAUGGCCUGGCUCAGCGAUGGACUCAAGGACCAGGCGUCAAGGGGGCGCGGCGCGCAGAGGGGCGCAGAGCCAGGAGGGCGGGCUUUGUCCCCGCUGCCCCAGGAGCUGCCACAGCCUAGACGACUGCCUCCGGAGGACGAGGAGGGAGAAGGCGACCCGGCCCUGGGCAUGGCCGAGGAGCAGGCGCUGGGCGCGGGGUCCCUUCACCACCAGCGCGUCCUCAUUAACAUCUCCGGGCUGCGCUUCGAGACGCAGCUGGGCACCCUGGCGCAGUUCCCCAACACCCUCCUGGGGGACCCGGCCAAGCGCCUGCGCUACUUCGACCCCCUGAGGAACGAGUACUUCUUCGACCGCAACCGGCCCAGCUUCGACGGCAUCCUCUACUACUACCAGUCCGGGGGCCGCCUGCGCAGGCCGGUCAACGUCUCCCUGGACGUGUUCGCAGACGAGAUCCGCUUCUACCAGCUGGGGGACGAGGCCAUGGAGCGCUUCCGGGAGGACGAGGGCUUCAUCAAGGAGGAGGAGAAGCCCCUGCCCCGCAACGAGUUCCAGCGCCAGGUCUGGCUUAUCUUCGAGUACCCGGAGAGCUCGGGGUCCGCGCGCGCCAUCGCCAUCGUCUCAGUCUUGGUCAUCCUCAUCUCCAUCAUCACCUUCUGCUUGGAGACCCUGCCUGAAUUCAGGGAUGAGCGCGAGCUGCUCCGCCACCCCCCACUGCCCCACCGGCCUCCCGGGCCUGCGCGGGGAACCAAUGGCAGCGGGGUGGUGGCUCCCCCCUCUGGCCCGACAACGGCGCCUCUCCUGCCUAGGAGCCUGGCUGACCCGUUCUUCAUUGUGGAGACCACGUGUGUCAUCUGGUUCACCUUUGAACUGCUUGUGCGCUUCUUCGCCUGCCCCAGCAAGGCAGAGUUCUCCCGGAACAUCAUGAACAUCAUCGACGUGGUGGCCAUCUUCCCCUACUUCAUCACCCUGGGCACCGAGCUGGCAGAGCAGCAGCCAGGGGGCGGAGGAGGGGCCGGCCAGAACGGGCAGCAGGCCAUGUCCCUGGCCAUCCUCAGAGUGAUCCGCCUGGUCCGUGUGUUCCGCAUCUUCAAGCUCUCCCGCCACUCCAAGGGGCUGCAGAUCCUGGGCAAGACCUUGCAGGCCUCCAUGCGGGAGCUGGGGCUGCUCAUCUUCUUCCUCUUCAUCGGAGUCAUCCUCUUCUCCAGCGCCGUCUACUUCGCAGAGGCCGACGACCAGGAGACCCACUUCUCCAGCAUCCCGGAUGCCUUCUGGUGGGCAGUGGUCACCAUGACCACGGUGGGCUAUGGGGACAUGAGGCCCGUCACCGUCGGGGGCAAGAUCGUGGGCUCGCUGUGUGCCAUCGCGGGGGUCCUCACCAUCGCCCUGCCCGUGCCCGUCAUUGUCUCCAACUUCAACUACUUCUACCACCGGGAGACGGACCAUGCGGAGCAGGCAGCCCUUAAGGAAGAGCAGGGCAGCCAGAGCCAGGGGACCGGGAUGGACAUCAGAGGCCAGCGGAAGGCCAGCUGGAGCAAGGGGUCCCUCUGCAAGGCUGGGGGGUCCCUGGAGAAUGUGGAUGGAGCCCGAAGGGGAAGCUGCCCCCUAGAGAAGUGUGACCUCAAGGCCAAGAGCAGUGUGGACUUGCGGAGGUCCCUGUAUGCCCUCUGCCUGGACACCAGCCGGGAAACGGAUCUGUAAGGGGUCCAGGCGGAAUGGUGGUUGUGGGGUGGGGGCAGUGGAGGGCUCCUGAACCUGGGCAUCUACUUCAUACCGCAGAGUAUUUCAAGCCACCCUGUAACCUAAAUCUGUCCCUCUGCUCACUCCUUCCCCCCUUCUUUCUCCCCUCCUUCAGUCCCCCCAUUUUUCCUCUUCUUUCCAUGACACCAUGGGUCACCUAUUUUUAAAAACUACCACAUUCCAUGACGCAGGAGCUGUUGAAAUGGUAAGCACUGUGAAAUGGAUGUAUUUGUAGCCAGUUUCCUAUACCCAGCAGAGGGAUAACCCAAACAAAAAUGACUUUAAAUAGCCCAGGUCCCAAGAGAUUUUGUAACCCCCGCCCCAUCUGUGGGCUCCAAAUUUGCUUUACAUAUGAUUAUAUUUGUGUAUAGGGGAAAAUAAUAUUUUUACGGCUGGUGAGUGGACUUUUGUAUGGUAGUUCAGAUGGAGAUAUUUUGGAUAUAUUUUCAAGACAUAUGUUGUAUUUAUGGAAAUGAGAGUUAUUGUGAUGUUUUUCUGUGACCCUUAUAAUAGAGCCAGAGACCCUGGUUAUGGCUGUUCUGGUUCCUGUCUGCAAGCCUCUCUCUUUUCUGAGAUGUGAUAUUGGUGCUUUGCGUCUAGGUCAGGGAAUGUUCUGGAAGAAAGGCAAGUCUUUUUUUCUAUGCGCCUUAAACAAUUCUUGUGACUUUCUUUGGAAAAACAUUUUCAUGAUGUUGGAGGAAGACUUCUGAUAAGUUCAUUCUCCUUAUUUUUAUCCCAGGAAAUAAAAUGUUGCUUGGUUAAGGCAAGUGUUAGUUUUUUGACAGCUGAUGUACCCUUUGAAAUUUACAAAAAUAGUCUGUCACUUGCUGUUUGUGGUUUGGGAGUCAGAGUAAAGUCCACCUUGCCUGGGACAGAAAAUUUAGAAAAGGAGCCAUUACCUUCCUGCGGGGCCCCUUCUGUGCCUCACAGGUGGAGGGGUGGAUUCUGUGUCUUGGGCCAUUUGGGACACACACGGUCACCCCUGCAAUGCGCUGACUGGUCUGUUGGUGUGGUUUUAGACCCAGCCAUCAGGUGGAAUGAGGAUGAAGCCAGGCAGGGCAGAUUCCCACCCUGCACUGGGGCUGGGGCUGGAACUCUCCUUUGUCUGCAGGAUAUAAGCUCUACUUAACAUGGCUCUCACCAGCUCAGAGAAGCAAGCCUCACUCUCCUAGGCAUGAAGCGUGUUCACAGAAGUGCAGGGCUGGCGCGAAAGUCUCAGGGGGACCGAAGAGCACUCUGUGGCUCUGCUCUCCCCCACAGCCGGGCUGUGGAGGGGUAGAACGUGCCGCCUUUGUGGAGGACAGAGGCGGAAAGAAGCCAGAUGGUAGGAUUUGCUUGUCCGCAUUAAAGGCUAGUUCCUACCCAUGUGGCCUCACCUAAACUCAGAGUGAACCUUCUGUUGCGUGUUCACCGGAUGUUGUAGCAGAGCCUUGCAGGAGCUGAAACAGGGACUGCAGUUUUCCUCUGGGAUGAGCUGUUCGCAGGGUGCCCCAGGUUCCAAACCUCCUCACCGGGGGGGCUGGUGAUCCACACUCACACCUCCCCCAUGACUACAGCGAGCUUGCUGUCUCCUCCUCAGGGUGCAUCCAGUGCGCCAGGGGGCGAGGGAGGAUCUACUAAAUCGAUGUCUGGGAAUUUGGGAUUUCAAUGACACAACGACACAAUAAUAAAAGCCAGUGUCUGUGACUGCC